GUCCUCGGGCGGUCCCGGGGCGGUCCCGGGCGGUCCCGGCGCGGUCCGGCGGCGGGCGCUGCGCAGAGCCGGCUGCCCUCGGCCGCAGCGCGCCCCGCCAUGCCCGGAGCGGCCGCGCUGGGCGCGGGCCCCGAGGCCGAGGAGAGCUACGACUUCCUCUUCAAGCUGGUGCUGAUCGGCGACGCCAGCGUGGGCAAGACCUGCCUGGUGCAGCGCUUCAAGACCGGGGCCUUCUCCGAGCGCCAGGGCAGCACCAUCGGCGUGGACUUCACCAUGAAGAGCCUGGAGAUUCAGGGCAAGCGGGUGAAGCUGCAGAUCUGGGACACGGCGGGCCAGGAGAGGUUCAGGACCAUCACGCAGAGUUACUACCGCAGCGCCAACGGCGCCAUCCUGGCCUACGACAUCAGCAAGAGGGGCUCCUUCCUGGCCAUCCCUCGCUGGAUCGAGGAUGUCAGGAAGUACGCGGGCUCCAACAUCGUGCAGUUACUGAUCGGGAACAAGUCUGACCUAAGUGACCUUAGAGAGGUUCAGCUGGAAGAAGCUCAGGGCCUGGCUGAACACUACGACAACAUCAUCUGUGCCAUAGAGACCUCUGCAAAGGACUCCAGCAACGUGGAGGAGGCCUUUGUGAAGAUGGCCACGGAGCUGAUGAUGAGGCACGGGGGGCCCAUGUUCAGUGAGAAGAACACUGACAGCAUCAAGCUGGACAGCAAAGACGUUGUGGAAGGCUGGGGGUGUGGUUGCUGAUAAGAGCUAGCUGAUAUCCCUAACUUUACUGGAAUUUAGAUGGUGCUUCACCCUACUGCUGAGUAGCAUGGUAGCCAUAUCCUCCUCCUCCUCCUCCUGUGAAACCAGCAAUUUUGUAGAAGUUAGACACAAUCCUGUUUGCUUCGGUGUCUUAUUUUUAAAAAGGGACUUUGGAGAGGUAGUCCUAAAAGUCAAACCCUCUGAAAAACUUACUCAACAUUUGUCCCCACCAUUUUAUUUUCUGUAACCUUCACACGAGUUACAAAAAUGGAGGGAACGACUUUGAACUUGGUAUUUUGGGGUGGGAGGACAUUUGGUUGGGGAAGAGGCUGAUGCAAACCCAAAGGUCUGGGCAUUUAGCACAGGACUGGUGGCAAAGGAGGUCACUUUUGGAGCAGGUAGUCUUGACAGUGUCUCUUCAAAUCCUCAGCACUCCACGAGUGACCAGGAAUUGUCAUUCUGAUAUUUCAAGGGUCAUAAUAGCCAAGAUUUUAAUUACAGGACCAAACAGCAGUCUCCUGUCCUAGGGCACAUGAAUUGCUGGUUGCUGUUGGAACAGGCCCGGGUGGGGGAGCUUCUCUCAGGUUGUGUUAUCAUUUGAAGUCAGUGUUCUAACAGAAAGCAAAGCCUGAGCAGGCUUUUAUCACAAGCAGGAUUGGCCCAGGGUGGUGAUUUAAAGCAGCCUUGAGGAGAGGGAAGAUGCAUUUCAUUUGCCUGUUGUUUGCACAGUGAUAGCUCCUUUUUCCAAGUGGAAGCAUCACUGAGAUUUUGCCCUCAGGUCUCAUCAUUUCAUUCCACAACUCAAGACCUGGAAACAGGAACUGGAGGAACCUUGACCUGACUGUAGCCAAGAUCUCCUGCCAUGUGCCUGAUGGUCAAAUACAGGGUUCAUUCUGGUCAAACAUUUGAUGUUAUGGCACCAGAGGAUAAAUGGAUUUGAUUUUUUUAUUGGUUUUGUUUUUUUAAACCAUCUCUUUAAAUACUACAUAGGCAUAUAAUGGGGAAGAAGACUCAGAAUAGCUGAGAACUGCAGGAUUGCAACCUCUUGGUUGUGAGAAACCAGUGUCUUUUUGAGUGAUUUCCUCCCAGCUUUGUACCCAGAUAUUCCCCUCUCCUUGUCACAAGUUAGCAGUUGCUUUUCAUUUCUUUAAAACACUCAGCAGGAAAAAAGUCUUUCAUAGUGGAUCAAAAACCUACAUAAAGUAAAAUAGAUUUCAUAAUCUUUCUGAUUCAGCUCUGUAGAGUAUCUUGUAGAUGUUGCUGAGGUACUGAUGGAUCCCUCUGCAUUUACACUCUCAGGCACCUUACAAAAGGGGAUUUGCAAAGAGAGCAGGAGCAGCAAUAUUUUUAACUGCAGAUAAAUUAAAGGUGUUCAGGGAUGACAAGCAGUUUUUGCAAUCCUGAUAAUUUGAUGGAGUUACUUUUCAAAAAGCUCUCACUUGAAGUCACUUGUCUCUUUGAGAAAUCCAGAUCAAAAAGGACUUGAAUUGUUUUGCUACUAGGGCUGCACCAGUUUAAUCCAACAUAUCCAGUGUCAUGGAAAUUAGGAAGAUUUAGGAAAGGGCUAAUGGAUACCAAUUUCAGUACUAUUCAUCUUCCUGUAGAAAUACAAAACCAUUCUCUGCUCUUCCUGGUUUUUAAACUGUGAGGUAGAUAAGAGAGGAGUAAUGUGUGCUUUGUAGCCUGUUUGCUUCUAUCUAAGGGGUUUGUUUUCAAAUUUUAUAGCUGUGAGAAUGAAAAGGCCUUAAAUUUUUCAACUAGUACAGUUUUCACAAUUCUGAUAUUUUCUACAGAAGGCAGGCUGGGCUGCAGGACUUGGUAGUGUUUCUGGAUAGUUUUCCAGGAUAUUUCUACUUCCAAAGAUAGGAGGCAAUAAAUGUCCAGCUAGACAUUUGAAGAUUUGAAAUUGGGAAUGAGAAUGAAAAUGGGAAUUUUCCUUCCCCUAGAGUUGUUGGUGUGUUCCCUAUAUUCUGCUCCUGGGGGAAACUGAAGACAGUCCAAGCUCGAACUCAGUGCUGGUGACUGCUUUUCCUCCUGGUGAGCUCCUAAAGGCACACAAUAUUUGCAAACAUUGGACUUUCUGUCAUUCCCCCUUCCAGUUUGUAUCUGUAGGACACGGUCCUGCAGUUCUGCUUGAACAGGGACCCCAGCUGAGCUCAGCCCCCACUGCCUGCAGGAUGAGUGCCAAAUUAUUUCAAUGCUGGGAAAAGCCCACGUGCAUUUAAGAAGAGUAUUGCUGCUUCUCAGACUGAAAUCCACGGUUUACACAUAGUAACUCAUCUUCAAACUGGAACAAGAAGCAAAAUGAACAUAAAUCCUGCUGCCAGUGCAGGAGUUGAAAGAGUGAAAGAUUGUGUUUUUACAGUAGAUGAAGAACUGAGGAAUUAUUGAUCCAUUUUCUUUGUUUUGAGGUUUGUUUAGGGAAUAAGUAGAAUUAGACCAGGCACUAGAGUUUUCAUUACAAUUUGCCUGGAUGUAUCUCUCAAACUGGGCUUGAAGGGUGAGGCUCUGUCUGCAGCUCAGCCUGGCUCAGUCAGAAAAUGCAAUGCAGCAGCAGUGAUUUCUUUGCUGUACUUUAAAUGAAGGCACCAAUUCCAAUUAGUUUUCAGUUUCCUGCAGAAAACUAUAAAACUGUGGCUUUAAAUCUGUUUUGUCUUUUAACUCUUGGCUCUUCUGUGUUGUUACAAGUGGAGUACAAGUUUCCAUGCCCUCCUAACUGAACAAAAGUAGAAGAAGACCUGGUUUAUUUUUUAGGUUAGCAGCUGGUGGCGCUUGGGAUGUCAGUAAUUAAAAUUUAUUUUGAUUACCAACAAUAAAUGUUGAGCUUUUCACUGAAGACUUUCUCAAACCUGGGACUCACACACAGCUGUGGAAUUCAGGAAUUAGGAAGACUGUUGGUUUAACUCCAUUAAUCCUAUUGCAACCAGAAGGAUGCCUGGGUGAAGAGGGUGAGGAGCAAUAAAUGUGAUUUAUGGGUACAAACCUGAGUUUCAGCUCCCAGGCUAUAAAUGGGCACUGAGGUACAUCAGGUGAAUAAUUCAGUAGUGCUUGUUCAGAGUUCACAGCAUAAACAUUUGCCAAGAAAAUCUGUUUACUGCCAGUUGAACAUUAACAAGGCUAUGGUGCAGUAAUUGCUUUUAAGCAGAUCCCCUUGGCUGAUGAUGUAUUUGCAUUAGUAUUUAUCAUUUCUUUUUGGCUGUACCAAAGUGUGCAGAAAUAUUACAAAAGCACAGGAGGGGACAUUGAUCUCUGCCUUGUGGCACUUGGGAGUGGAAUGCAGAGGCAAAUACUGAAAUGAAACCAUCAGCAGAAUGUGGUUCCCAGGAGCCUUUGUUACCCUUUGUAUUGAUUUUAAGCUAAUUUUAUCUCCAGUUUCUCAUCCAGUUCUAUCACCACGGAUGGAACUUGGACAAAUAUUUGUAAUUAUGUAAAUAUAAAACCAAAUAAAGUCGACCCAGAAACCUGCUAACGUUUGCUUUGCAAAACAGAAUUUGAGAGAAAUGAGAGUACUUAAGAACAGAGGAGAAGUCCUGAUGAUUUUCUAACUCUCACUGUACUUAAAAGCUGUUUUUUCAGAGGGCAAAAUCUAAAAGGAGCCCAGCUAAAACCACCAACAGCUUUCCUAUCAGCUAAUACUGAUAGAUUUCCAAGAACUUCACCAAAACUGGGGCUCUUGCUCCUUUUGGGUGCCUAGACUGUCAAAGGUGAAAACAAGGGCAUGCAAA